GCCCCGUGCGGCCCCUCAGAGCCGGGGCGGCGGCGGCGGCGAAGAUGGCGGCGGCGGACGGCGACGAUUCGCUUUACCCCAUCGCGGUGCUCAUCGACGAGCUCCGCAACGAGGACGUGCAGCUGCGCCUCAACAGCAUCAAGAAGCUCUCAACCAUCGCGCUGGCGCUGGGCGUGGAGCGAACCCGCAGCGAGCUCCUCCCUUUCCUCACCGACACCAUCUACGAUGAGGACGAGGUGCUGCUGGCACUGGCGGAGCAGCUGGGCACCUUCACCGCCCUCGUGGGGGGACCCGAGUUCGUGCACUGCCUGCUGCCGCCGCUGGAGAGCCUGGCCACGGUGGAGGAGACGGUGGUGCGGGACAAGGCGGUGGAGUCGCUGCGGGCCGUGUCCCACGAGCACUCGCCGCCGGACCUCGAGGGUCACUUCGUGCCGCUGGUCAAGCGCCUGGCCGGGGGCGACUGGUUCACGUCGCGCACCUCGGCCUGCGGCCUCUUCAGCGUCUGCUACCCCCGCGUGUCCAGCCCCGUCAAGGCCGAGCUGCGCCAGUACUUCCGGAACCUGUGCUCGGACGACACGCCCAUGGUGCGGCGCGCGGCCGCCUCCAAGCUGGGCGAGUUCGCCAAGGUGCUGGAGCUGGAGCACGUCAAGAGCGAGAUCAUCCCCAUGUUCUCCAACCUGGCCUCGGACGAGCAGGACUCGGUGCGGCUGCUGGCGGUGGAGGCGUGCGUGAGCAUCGCGCAGCUGCUGCCGCAGGAGGAGCUCGAGGGGCUGGUGAUGCCCACGCUGCGCCAGGCGGCCGAGGACAAGUCGUGGCGCGUGCGCUACAUGGUGGCCGACAAGUUCACCGAGCUGCAGCGCGCCGUGGGCCCCGAGAUCACCAAGACCGACCUGGUGGGCGCCUUCCAGAGCCUGAUGAAGGACUGCGAGGCCGAGGUGCGCGCCGCCGCCUCCCACAAGGUCAAAGAGUUCUGCGAGAACCUGUCCCCCGACUGCCGCGAGGCCGUGAUCAUGGGCCAGAUCCUGCCCUGCAUCAAGGAGCUGGUGUCGGACGCCAACCAGCACGUGAAGUCGGCGCUGGCCUCGGUGAUCAUGGGGCUGUCGCCGAUCCUGGGCAAGGACAACACGGUGGAACACCUGCUGCCCCUGUUCCUGGCACAGCUCAAGGACGAGUGCCCCGAGGUGCGGCUGAACAUCAUCUCCAACCUGGACUGCGUCAACGAGGUGAUCGGCAUCCGGCAGCUCUCGCAGUCGCUGCUGCCGGCCAUCGUGGAGCUGGCCGAGGACGCCAAGUGGAGGGUGCGGCUGGCCAUCAUCGAGUACAUGCCGCUGCUGGCCGGCCAGCUGGGCGUGGAGUUCUUCGAUGAGAAGCUGAACUCGCUCUGCAUGGCCUGGCUGGUGGAUCACGUGUACGCCAUCCGCGAGGCCGCCACCAGUAACCUGCGCAAGCUGGUGGAGCGCUUCGGGCACACCUGGGCGCAGGGCACCAUCGUGCCCAAGGUGCUGGCCAUGGCCGCCGACCCCAACUACCUGCACCGCAUGACCACGCUCUUCUGCAUCAACGUGUUAUCCGAGGUGUGCGGCCAGGAGGUCACCACCACGCAGAUGCUGCCCACCGUGCUCCGCAUGGCCGCCGACGCCGUGGCCAACGUGCGCUUCAACGUGGCCAAGUCGCUGCAGCGCAUCGGGCCCAUCCUGGACAGCGGGACGCUGCAGACGGAGGUGAAGCCGGUGCUGGAGAAGCUGACGCAGGACCAGGACGUCGACGUCAAAUAUUUCGCUCAGGAGGCGCUGACAGUGCUGGCGCUGGCCUGACCCCGCCCCCCCCCGGGCCCCUCCCCCCG